GUGCUGAAUGCUAUUUGUAUUUUAAAAAUGCUUUUGUGGAAAUAAAACUAUGAUUUAGGAAACAUCUAUUAUGUACACCCAAGAAAUGAUUAGAUCUGAUUUAAAAAUAGCGUUUUGUUAAGGAUGUCUCUGUCUUAUAAUCACAAAAAAUCUACGGAGAUCGAUACUUGUUUCAAUAAUUAUUAUUCUUCUGAAUCUCAUAAAAACGGUGAUAAUAUGGAUAAAAAUAAAGGAAAUAAAACUUCUGCUGAAUCUCAAGGCACAUGCUACUGCGGUAAAGAUCGUAAUCUGAAUAUAGCUGAGUUAUUAUGUGCAUCAUGCAAUAGAUGGUUUCACGAAUCCUGUAUCGGUUAUCAACUUGGCAAGCUGGUACCUUUCAUGACAAAUUAUCUCUUUAUUUGUAAGAACUGCUCUCCUACUGGUUUGGAAACAUUCAAAAAAAAUCAAGCACCAUUCCCGCAAAUGUGUCUAACUGCAAUUGCUAAUCUUCAACAAGAUAGUGUGAAAAAUGGUAGCAAUAGACGUCUGUUCAGCAAAGACCGAGAGAUCAUACCAUACAUUGACCAGUAUUGGGAAGCUAUGACCACAAUGCCCAGAAGGGUGACCCAGUCGUGGUAUGCUACAGUACAGAGAGCUCUAAUCAAGGAUAUCCAGGUUUUGUUCACAUAUGAAGAAGACUCGUCUGAUGGUCCCAUGUUUGGGCUCUGCAACGCAGAACUGACAAUUAUUAAACCUAACUACGAAGCCAUGAUCAAGCAUGGUCAGCUCAAAGUCACAGAUAUGGGUAUAGCUACAAUUCCACUAGCCGGCAACGUGAAGGGCAGGCAAGGUAAGCGCAGGCCCGCGGUCGGCAGCGCGGCCGAGACCGGGGCUCCCAUCGGCAAGAAAGGCCGCAACGCCGAUGUCACCGCUCUGAAGCUGCCCUCGCACGGCUACCCCACCGAGCAUCCCUUCAACAAAGACGGUUACAGAUACAUCUUGGCGGAACCAGACCCGCACGCGCCCUUCAGACAGGAGUUCGACGAGAGCAACGAGUGGAGCGGCAAGCCGAUCCCGGGCUGGCUGUACCGGCCGCUGUGCCCGGGCGGCGUGCUGCUGGCGCUGCACGACCGCGCGCCGCAGCUGCGCGUGGCCGAGGACCGGCUGGCCGUCACGGGCGACCGCGGCUACUGCACGGUGCGCGCCACGCACGGCGUGUCGCGCGGCAGCUGGUACUGGGAGGCGUGCGUGGAGGAGCUGCCGGAGGGCGCGGGGGUGCGCGCGGGGUGGGGCCGCCGCGUGGCCAACCUGCAGGCGCCGCUCGGCUACGACAAGUUCGGCUACUCGUGGCGGAGUCGCAAGGGGACCAGGUUCCACGAGUCCCGAGGCAAGCACUACAGCGGCGCGUACGGCGAGGGCGACACGCUGGGCUUCCUCAUCGUGCUGCCGGACUGCGCCUCCACCAAGUUCACGCCCAACACCUACAAGGACCGGCCUCUAGUCAAAUUCAAGAGCCACCUGUACUACGAGGACAAGGACAACAUCCAGGAGUGCCUCAACAACCUGAAGCAGCUCCCCGGCAGCAAGAUCAUAUUCUUCAAGAACGGCGAGUGCCAGGGCGAGGCCUUCACCGACAUCUACCGCGGCUGCUACUACCCCGCCGUCUCCCUGCACCGCACCGCCACCCUCAGCGUCAACUUCGGGCCCAGCUUCAAGUACCAGCCCUCCACGCACUACCCCUACAGACCUAUGUCAGAAAAAGCGGAAGAAGCAAUAUGUGAACAAACGAUGGCCGACAUGCUGUAUCUGACCGAGAACGAGGGCAAGCUGCGCCUGGACAACUUCAACAUUUGAUACAACUAACGCCGCUGAGGCGAAAUUGUUUUGCAUUUAAUCUUGUUUAACUUAAGAAUUAAACGGCGCUCUAGAAUUGUCCUACAUACGACACAAAAGUGUGCUCAACUAUUAUAGUAGACAGCGGCUCGCCCCUGGUGCUAUUGAUGUCCAAGAGCAACAGCGACCACUUACCUUCAAGCUUAUAAGGGGAUCUUAUGAGCGGAUACUUGUGCAUCUCGUCAGUCUGUAUACUCAUCAUGGUAAUAUAGAUAGAUCACCUCUCUGUCUAUCAGCCUUCACUGCGGAGUGCUGCAAGGUAGCCUUAGUAGUGAAAUCAAGGUGCAGAAGGCAUCCAUGUUGAAGUACAAUUUGUGUGUUGUUAAUUAUUGUCUAUAAAAACGAUACAGGAUACGAGUGAAAGCUCACCUUGCAACGCGUGCGAAUAGGCAUGAUGACUAAUUUUCAAAAUCUAUUCUAUGAUAUUCAGAAGUGUCUAUUAAAUCAAAAAUAUAUCAUAUUUCUGUGGAAAAUAAAGGUUUUCAUGAAAUAAAAUGAAAUUAAAAUUUAAAGUUUCUAUUUCGCGCUAAAACGCUGUUCAGUGUCAUGGCGUCUGUCAUUACGUCACGGCUCAGUAAACUUCAGUAUAUACCUACGUCAAUAGUAAACAUUAGAUGCUUGUAUAAUAAAUCAUUUUGCAUAAUAAAUAUGAAUUCAAAAGUGUUCAUGUGGUGUGUGGUUCCUCAGUGCAAUAAUAAAUUUAUAAAAACUCCGAACAACUUAAUUUGUUUACGUCCCAAAUAACAAAACAAUGAGAAAUAAAUGGUUGAUUCUUGUA